AUGGAUGCAGACAGGCGACUCAUCAAGGCUCUGGAGGCAGCCAACGAUGCUCUUCAGCACUUGUCCAUGUCGCCAGACUUUGGAUGCCUUGACUGCACACACAUCGACCGCUUACUGGCGAGGGUGGUUGACCUGCCGACCGAAGGAAACCAGAGGAACAGCCGACGGAAUCUCUUGGUAAUACGGCAAUGGAUGAUCACAGAAGGGCCAGGCGUUGUCUUACUCGAGGUGUUGGGACAACUGUACUGGAGGUUGGGCGAGCUCAACGGAAAGCAGUUCGAGAAGUUCAAAACAACGAUGCAGCAGCAGGGCCCCUAUCUCGCUCUGAUCCAGGACUCAAACGCGGUGACGCUUGUCGUACAACGGAUUCGACAUAUCCAAAAGUCAAAGGCGGAUGCCUGCCAGGACUUCUUGUGCGAGCUCUCCGACAUUACCGGCAUGAAAGUGGAUUCUCCCAUGGCCGACAUGGACAUGCUGCGCGCUUCAUCGAGCAGCCCCUUUACCCCACAGUCAGUGAAUUCACUUGACAGUGCCUCCUCUCAAGAGUCUUGGCUUGGUCUGAUCAAGUAUGUUCCAAAUAGUAGCCUUUGGGGUGGAGAUAUGGAGCAACUUUUGAUUGAUUUUUAUAUCAACGGAAUCUGCCCAGGACGGACGCCAAUGACAGGUGCUAAUACUUACCUAUCACUCCUGAGAGUUGCAGAUACCUGCCAAAGUACUCGAUAUGCUCUUCUUAGCCUGAGCGCCUCUUACAUCGGUGAAUACCUCCCUUCGGAGAAGGAAAAAUAUCACCGAGCCGAUCUUUUUUAUUCAACGCAAGCAUUACAAGCUCUUGCGCGGCAGAUUAGCAAUGGCGAAGCGUAUGAUGCCGCUCUAGCAACGAGCAUGCUUUUGAUGCAUCACGAUGCGGUGAACAACACCGACGAAUUGAGCCUGUGCUGGUCAAUUCACGCCAACGUAUUUGACACAAUACCUGCGGCCUACUUUGAUCACCAUGCAGAUCCUGCGCUCUUCAUCCGACACCAAUUGGUUCUUGCACGAACUGCACAGACGUCCUUCAAACUUCAGAACACUCAGCUUCACUCAUUAGAAACGAAGAACUGGUAUGAAGGUACUCCUCCAGGCGAAGCACAGCGCAUUUGCGGCAUCCUCGGGGUAUCGCCACAACUUCUGUUUCUUAUCUCAUCUGUCACCUCGCUUGCAUCCGACGCCAAGAGCCCCAUGAAGUCGCACAAGCACGUGUAUGCACAACUUCAAGAGUCGCAAUUAGCAAAUCUUCGUCAAUGGACGAGUGAAAUUCAGGGUGAGCCACAAGAAGUUGUGCUCGCUACUGCAGAAGCUUAUCGUCUUGCUGCGUUGAUUUACUUGCGAUGCCGCCUCUAUGGCUAUACGCGUUUUAAUCCCGCAGUCAUGGAGCUCAAUGACGCUCUCUCUACCGUUCUCCUCUCGCUUCCCGUGAAGGGCCAUCUUUAUACUGCCAUUUACCCAACCUGGCCUCUCUUCAUUGCGGCUGUGACAGCAAGUGCCGACAAGCGCGAUUGUCUCUACCAGCGCGUAGUUCCAAUCACGGAAGGCGACAAGAACACCCUUCCUGCAGUUCUCCAGCGCGUUUCGGGGCUUCGAAUCUGGCUUGCAAAUCAAGAUCCAACUCAACAACUCCGAGACGGCUGGUGGGAUGAGAUGCUGGAGCCCAGCAGCAGCACCAAGGCCGUCUCUGCAAACCGUCUCUUAUGUCUGGGUUAA